GAAGCCUUAAAUCGGUAUAACGCACAAACACAAGGAUUAAAAAAAACACAAAAAUGGCUUCGGCGAUUAUGAGAUCUGGCCUCCGCUCAGCCCUACGCGGUGGCGCAUCCACCCCUCGCGUCUCACCCGCGUCCAGGCGCUCUUUCUCCGCUUCGGCGCAUCACGACGAAGCUGCUGAGGCUUCGAAGUGGGAGAAGAUAACAUAUUUGGGAAUAGUGGCAUGCACUGGUCUCGCUGUCUUUAUCCUCUCCAAGGGCCAUCCCCACCAUGACGAACCUCCUGCAUAUCCGUAUUUGCAUAUCCGCAACAAGGAGUUUCCUUGGGGUCCAGAUGGUCUAUUUGAGGUAAAGCACCAUUGAUUUGUUGGACUAUUCAAUGAGAAGGCUGUCGGAAUAAUUGGUGUUUUAGUUUCUUCUGCACAUUGCAACUUGUACUGUUGGAAUUCCACAGUAUGUUGUGUUGACAGCUGAUAAUUUCUCGAACCAGGGGAUUUGGAAUGUGGUUUUGAUGGUUUCUCCUUUAUAAUCUGUUAUUUUCUCUUAAUGAAACUGAAAUUGAAGAAUAAUUGAAUUGGGUUUCUUCCUGCCUCUGUGCAGCUGUAUCAGAUUACAAUUUCACUUGUCUUGUGUUUGCUAAAGAAAGAAAAUUGUUGAAUCCA